AUGACAAAUAUUAUAGACGGCAGAUCCAUUGACAUUGUCCCUCAUCUACGGGUCACCUUGUUUAUGACAGGGUCCUUUUGUGUCGCGUGGGCCUGGUGUUUGGUGGCGUACGGUGUGUCCCACGCUUGGAAUGGAGAGAAUCCCAUGCAGAAUGAAAUUGGGUUUGGGGAUGAACGAGCUCCCAAGUACCUUCCUGUGCUCUUAUUGGAGUAUCUUUUUGUCUGCGGAUGUGCAUCCUGGUUGUCUUACAUUGUCAGACAACGGUAUAGUCGACACUCUUGGUGUGAAGCUGCCAUCAAGGCGGUAGAGUUUUUUCCGGCUCCGUUCUUUUCCGGCAAGCUAAUGGCGUAUCUGGGUCAAUUCUCGGAUCUUUCGGAUCUCCAUCAAGUACUCAUCAAUUUCUUGGCGGCGGCCUUUGCCGCCUUUUUGGCUCACGCGGCUCAAGAUCCGUCUCUAUGGACCAGCCAAGUCGAAGUUCCACCCGAGUGUACUCGAUUUCGACCCAUUCUGGCGGAUACGUUGGGUUUUGGACUGGGUGUGGGCUGGAAUGUCUUUUUAAUGAAAUUGUUGGCACCUGAAGAAAUGGAUGCCGAACACAUUGUUGGACUCUUUGGAUAUCUCAUGGUGGUUUCCAUGAUCGCCUUCCGAUUGGCAGCCGAGGUGGAUCCCACCGUUCAAGAACCCACAAUGUUGCAAAGGACCUUGUCCAUGCUCUCAUUUGCUGCCAAUGUGGUGAGUGCAUUUACCAUGGUAGCCUUUGUCAGUGCCUUGCUCCUUCCUGGGUGGAUUGGCGAUAGUGUCUGCCUGGUGGUUCUGAUUUUGCUGGCAACCAUUCUCUCCGCCCUGGUUGCAGCCGUGGACAUGGAUGCAGCCACAACCAGAUUACAACAACAAAUGGAACAAGGAGAGGCACGGCCAAAAAUUGGAUUUGGUACUUGCCCCGCCAUGGAUGCGCUCAUUUUUUGUCCAUGUGUCUGGUGCUGUUGUCCUUGGAUUCCUCUUGUUUGGUUAUUGGCAGGUAUCACCCCGGGCGUGCACGUUAAGGAACGGUGGCAGGAACUCAUCGCGUUUGUCUUGGGGUUGGCAACCAGUAUCCAGGCUUCUGGAAUGCUUACCACUGCCACGAACGAAUUGGCAACCAUGCUGAACAUAUGUGGAACCAAAUAUUGCGAUCAUCAUUGGAUUUUCGUUGUCCUGCAAGUCAUGUUGGCUAUUACUACAACAUGCUUGCUGCUCCCCGCACUGGCCUUCGUGUCGGAUCCCGUUGAUUCUCCGUCGCCACAAGACGCAGGAGCCCAACAGGAAGCGCAAGCAAGAGGAGAAAGACGCCCCCUCUUGAGCAAAGUCAAGAAACUACUGCCCAAAUUCUCAAAAAGAAAGUCUUCAACGGUUUCCGAGCAACGCUAG